CCAGACGGAGGAGGCGGCGGCGGCGUGACUCCAGAAGUGAUCGCCGGAGUGUGUAUGAAAGCGCGAGCCCAAGGCGUUUACUGCCACACGUCAGUAUUGAUCCGGACAGCGUGUCUGUGCGAGCAGCAGUAUUUUGAUGACAUUCAUCAGCAUUAUUAGCUAAGUUCAUUAGCCGGCUACUUGGAAGAAGCACGUCGUUACUCUCAGCGGGCCGCAUCACCUGUGUGGACAAUGAGGAAGGUUGCUCUGCUGCUGAUUGUGUUGCUCGGCGUUGCACAUUUUGCGACUGUCAGCAGAUGUGAGGAAGAUGCUGCAGAGGAGAAAGAGGAGACUGAUGACGAGGAGAGUGACGAUGAGGAGGAGGAGGAUGAAGAGGAUGACACAGAAGUGAAGGAAGAAAAUGGGGUGUCCGUCCUCACCGACGGCAACUUUGAAACGUUCAUGGAAGGCAAAGACACAGUCCUGGUUGAGUUCUACGCCCCAUGGUGUGGCCACUGCAAACAGUUUGCCCCCGAAUAUGAAAAGAUCGCUCAGACCCUGAAGGAAAGUGACCCUCCUAUAUCUGUGGCCAAAGUGGACGCGACAGUAGCUACAGAGUUGGCGAGCAGGUUCGAAGUGUCGGGCUAUCCCACCAUCAAGAUCCUGAAGAAUGGGGAGCCUGUGGACUACGACGGGGAACGGUCAGAGAAGGCUAUUGUGGCCCGUGUGAAAGAGGUGGCAGCCCCGGACUGGAAGCCCCCUCCUGAGGCGACACUGGUGCUGACCAAGGACAACUUUGACGAGACGGUUAAUGAGGCUGACAUCAUCCUGGUGGAGUUCUACGCUCCAUGGUGUGGACACUGUAAGCGUUUGGCUCCAGAGUACGAGAAGGCAGCCAAGCAGUUGAGCCAGCGCUCUCCUCCCAUUCCUCUGGCCAAGGUGGACGCCACCGUGGAGAAUGAGGUCGCCUCACGCUUUGGAGUGACAGGCUAUCCCACCCUCAAGAUCUUCAGGAAAGGCAAAGUGUUCGACUACAACGGGCCCAGAGAGCAGCACGGCAUUGUCGACUACAUGAGCGAACAGGCGGGGCCUCCCUCCAAGCAGGUUCAGGCAGGAAAACAGGUGCAGGAGAUCAUCAAGGACGGCGACGAUGCCGUGAUAGUCGGCGUGUUCUCUGGUGAACAGGACGACGCCUACGAGAUCUACAUUGAGGCCUGUCAUGCACUGAGGGAAGAUUUCACCUUCCGUCACACCUUUAGCUCUGAAGUGUCCAAACUGCUCAAAGCUUCACCAGGUCAGAUCGUCAUCGUGCAGCCUGAAAAGUUCCGCUCAAAGUACGAGCCAGCGUCACACACGCUUGCAGUGAAGGACUCUACAUCAGUAUCAGAAGUGCAGGAGUUCUUCAAAAAGCAUGCGAUUCCUCUGGUGGGACACAGGAAACCAAGCAAUGAUGCCAAACGCUACUCCAAAAGACCCCUGGUGGUUGUGUACUAUGGAGUAGACUUCAGCUUCGACUUCAGGAAAGCCACACAGUUCUGGAGGUCCAAGGUCCUCGAGGUGGCAAAGGACUUCCCAGAGUACACCUUCGCCAUCGCUGAUGAGGAGGACUUCGCUGACGAGCUGAAGAGCCUGGGCCUCAGCGAGAGCGGAGAGGAAGUGAAUGUGGGAAUUCUGGCAGACGGAGGCAAAAAGUUUGCCAUGGAGCCGGAGGAAAUGGACUCCGAAGUGCUGAGAGACUUUGUCAUUGCUUUUAAGAAAGGAAAGCUCAAACCCAUUAUCAAAUCCCAGCCAGUGCCAAAGAACAACAAAGGACCAGUGAAGGUUGUGGUUGGAAAGACCUUCGACGAGAUCGUCAUGGAUUCCAAGAAGGACGUCCUGAUAGAGUUUUAUGCACCCUGGUGCGGCCACUGUAAAAAAAUGGAGCCUGAUUAUUUGACUCUGGGCAAGAAGUACAAGGGUGAGAAGAACCUGGUGAUCGCCAAGAUGGACUCCACAGCCAACGACGUGCCAAACGACAGCUACAAGGUGGAGGGCUUCCCCACGAUAUACUUCGCCCCGAGCAACAGCAAGCAGAGCCCCGUCAAAUUUGAAGGCGGUGACAGAACAGUGGAGGGGCUCAGCAAGUUCAUUGAACAGCAUGCCACAAAGCUAUCACAGAACAGAGACGAACUUUGAAAAUGUCUCGACGAGUAGCUGAGAACUCUUAACGUGCCCGGGUCUUAGAGGACGCUGAGGAGGCGAAGGAACACAACAGUGUUACUGAGUUGCUGUGAUGAUUACAACGUUCAAUCAUCGUUUUUAGUUUCUGUUCAUUCCAAGAGAUUCUUCUGUUUCUAAAAGCAUGUAAGCACUGUUGAAGAUUAAGUCUUUUUAAAUAAAACAAAAAAUUAUGGCCUCUUUGUGGGCCAGCACUUA